AUGAGUGGCUCAAUAGGAGCAGAAAACCAAGAUGAAAUAGACAAUGCUCAAGAACCAUUUGACCCCUACACUGUGAAGAGGGUCCUCAUUCCCCGAUACAGUGAAACAGGACACCGACCUAACAUUCCGGGCUACAAAUGUUGUACACUAUGGAGGGGUGUGUAUGCCCAAGGUUCCCAGGCUACUACUGCCAUCACCCACAAAUCUUUACCUAUCUCCCCGAACACGUCUGAACAUAAGAAGGACUCCAAGAUGUCUAAGAUGGUCACCACUGUUGCACCAUGUAAUCCGUUCAACCAGAUCAACAAACUGGAUGAGAUCAUCGCCACUAACAAAUAUGUGGCAUAG